CAGCACUUGGAUUAGUCAAGAUGACAGGGACGACGAGCAUUGCUUCGUUAUGAGCGCAGUUCAGAAAGCGUUGGGGGCUCGGGAUCUUCAGGGUAGGGAUACAAUAAGCUCACAGGGCCCGUGGGACUUGCGGACAUGUGAGGCGGGGAAGAUGCGCAUACCGCAGCAUCAUGAGAAAAAGAUGUAUGUUAUGGGUUGUUGAAGCUCGGCUCGCCCUUUGGUUAAUGGUUUCACGCUGCUCCGUGCGCGACGGAGCCGAGUAGUACCAGCACAACAGCCACUGUCGCCGCGGCGAUCAAGUUUUGUAGGACUUAUCCCUAUUAGAAAUAGACUGCCCUACUAUACAGUUAAUCGGCGUUCGCCUGUGGUCAACACAUAAACGAUCAGCUGCAAGGACUUGGCGUAAGCGGAAGGAGCUCUUCAGCUUUGGGGCACCCCGCAGCUGCAGCGUGGUACGAUUGCCACCAUGCCUAGCUACGAUGACUCCACGGGCAAGUCGAAGAUUACAGAGGCCAAGACGCGCUACACCGUGUUAGCGACGUUCUUCGCUGUUGGCCUCUGCUUGGGCGUCGUCAUCUCAGAGCGGGUCUACGUUCAGAAGCAUGCGUUAAUCCCGAAGCCGCGGCAGCUGGUUGACACACUAGCCAACACCAUCCACGUCGGCCACCGGGUUCACGACGUGGCAGCAGCUCCACGGAACGAUUUGGAGGCCUACCUCAUGCAGGUUGCUCCUCAGAAGGAGGUCCUACUGGCCGUGGCGAACAAAAACACCAUGUGGGACGGCAUGCUGGAUACCUUCACCCAGGGUUUCAAGCGCAGCAAGGUGCCUAACCACAUGGUUCUGGCUCUGGACAAGGAGACUGAGGCCUGGUGCAAGCAGAACGGCGUGAACGCCUACUACAUGAACCUCUCGAUUGCCAGCGUGCAGCAGGGCACCGGCGACAACCACGCCGUGUCAGCCAUGAAGUUUGGCAUCCUCAAGAAGUUUGUGGAGCUGGGAUGGGCGGUGCUGCUGUCUGAUGUCGAUAUUGCCAUCUUCCAAAACCCCUUUGAGCACAUCUACCGCGAUUCGGACAUCGAGGGAAUGACCGAUGGCUUCGAUGAGCACACGGCCUAUGGCUCCAUCGAGGGCUUUGAUGAUCCGUCCAUGGGCUGGGGCCGUUACGCCCAGUACUACAAGCACUUCAACCUGAACUCCGGCCUGUUCUACAUCAAGGCCAACAACCGCACCAUGGACCUCCUCACCCGCCUGGCUGACCGCCUCAGUCAUGAGAAGUACUGGGAC